AUGCAGCCGAAAAAGCGACCGGAGCGGAAUCGCAUUGCCCAGGCGUGUUUAACCUGCCAGGAGAAGAAGACACGAUGUGAUGGCAACACGCCGUCGUGCUCUGCUUGCACCGCUCGCGGCGUGCAAUGCAUCCAACACAAAGGGGCUCCGAGGAGGCGCGGUCCAGGGAGAAGUAAAGAGCACAUGAAGGCUCUCGAGGAAAGGCUGGCCAGGAUGGAAUCUCUGAUCCAGCGCCCCGAGCGGUCGCAAAGCCUGGAGGACCAGCCGGCGCCGCCCCCGUCAAUUCCACUCAGCGGCCCGUUGUCGCCGCCUACAGUCCAGGCCUCUGCAGAUCGAGUCGAUAUUGGGUACCCAGUUUCGCAACCAGAGCCCCGCGAACAGUGCGAGCCCUCUUCAAUAACCAACCCAAGCCCAGGGAUGGUCUGGCAGCCAGGGCCUGUGGACUUGGACUUUGAGACAGCCCCUGCACCAGCUCAGCAGCAACCAGGCAACAAAGCAGGGGCUGCCGACAGCAUCCAGGCGCAGGAGCCAGUCUCAGUCACGCCUGCCGAGAAAUUCAAGCUCAUAUCGCAUCCCGUCCACGAGAGCGAGCCAUUCCAGCUGAUGCAGAAGCUGCAGUCGACAGCAGCGCCCGGAGCAAUCUCCCCGCGGGAGCCGUUCACCUCCAUCGUGGAGCACGUCAUCGAGGCCAUGUUCGCCGAGUUCCCACUCCUCAAUACCGCGCAGUUCCUGUCGUGCCUGCACGCCACGACGCAGCAGCACCCGGGCGGCGGCUGGCCCGCGCAGCAGCCCGCCGCCUGGACCUGCCUGGUGAACGCCGUCUACGCCGCCGCGCCGCCCCUCAAGACGGUCAACUGCUACUUCCAGGACAUCUGCGUCUUCUCGUGGGCCUUCUUCAAGAACGCCUUUGCCGCAUUCCCAGAGCUGCUGGCCCGCGGCAGCGGCAGAGGCAGUGACGUCACGCCCGUCGCCGCUAUCCUCGCCAUGGCCCUCUUCACCCGCCACUGGGCCGCCACCCAGCUGACCGCCCUGCUGCUGUCCACGGCCGCCAGGAUGCUGCAUCUCAUGGACGCCGGCAGAAGCGUCUCCCAGCGGCUGCGGGAGCAGCGUGGCGGAAGCGCGGAGAAGCAAAGCGACAACGCCGCCGCUACCCCGUGCGUCGGCCGCCUGUUCUGGGUCGCGUACAUCCUUGACGUGGAGCUCAGCUCCAGCUGCGGCGUUCCGCAGGCGCUGAGCCUCGACAACCAGGACCCUAUCCUUGACCUGCCUGAAGAGGGCGUCAGCGACCACAUAUCUCCGCUAGUGCCCGUGCAGGGCGGUAGUUCUGCCGACGGGGCGGGAGUGGGAACAGUCGGCCUGUUCAGGCGGCGCGCCAAGCUGGCCAUGAUCCAGUCGCAGAUCGCAACGCGGCUGUACUCAAGCUGGGCGGUGCGCAGCCUGGCCGACACCGACCUGCUCCGCGAGAUCGCGCAGCUCGACCUGGCGCUCGCGGAUUGGGAGGCGCAGCUCCCAGCUCGGCUGCGUCUUGCCCAGCGGCCGGAGGAUAUCGCCCUCGACAGCCCCGCCGCCAUCAUGUACCUGGUGUACUAUAGCAAUGUCGCCGCUGUACACUGGGCUGCGGGGCGCCACGAGGGCAUGGGUGUGUUCGCCAAGGCGCCGACUUUCUACCCUGAGCUCGCGCUGUCGCGGCUCAAGGGCGAGGAAGCUGCACGAGACACCAUCCGCCUGGUGCUGCAUGGCACGCCCCCGCGGCUGCUGUUGGACUUUUGGCGCGUGCUCCGCUAUCCCAUCGCGGCGGCGUUUAUACUCGCGAAGAGCGUCGUCGAGUCGCCAAAGACGGCAGAGGCCAAGGCCGACGGCACCCUGCUCGCCGCGUUCGCCAAGUUCAUCGACGACUGGGCGCGCAGCGAAAAGGUCGACUUCGGGAACCUGCUCCGCGGCUGCGCGAAGUUGGCGGGUCUCGCUGCCGAGGCGAUCACUGCCGCGGCGCAACCCCAACGCCCUGGCGUGCAGCAACAUGACCUGCCGUCCAAGUUCAAGUUCAAGGAGCUGCGUCUGGGAGAGAUCUGGCCGUUGACUCGUGCGAGAAACCAGACCUUCCUGGUGGCGAUGAGCCGCUGCCUCAACCCCAUGUGCCUGACCCAAGACCUGCUGGGCGACGUGGUGAGCAGCGAGGUGGGCGUCGUCGAGAUGCUCUGCAGCAUCCUCGAGCUUCCGGCAGAGGAUAGCCAGGUAGGAGGACGGUUCGUGCCGAAGCUGUUUCGUCCUGGGACGUAUGGGUUCUCCUCCGAGCAGAAAUAA